AUGCGGAGCAAGGUAGCCUUAGAGACCCAGUACUCGUAUUCGGCAGCAGGCAGUGAGGGCAGCAUCUCUACCUCUGUGGCGUCCCUGCCCCCACAGGCUUCAGGCAGCUCGGCCCCCAGCUCCCCUGGCUCCAAGCGUUCUGUCAGCACCCUGAAAAAAUGGCUCACAAACCCAGUUCGCAAGCUCAGUGCUGGGGCCACAGCUAAAGGGGAACGUCAAAUCCGCAAAUUUGAGGGAAAACCUACACCCCUUUCAUCCCACAGCCAGGAUCUGGGCAGCCCCCCGAAACUUGAUGGGCCGCUCACCAUCCUGCCUGUCACACACACAGAACUGGAGUGGAAAGAUGGCCUGGCUAGCCCUGAGGAUCUGUCGCCGGCGACACUCCAGUCCCCCGGUUACAUAACUGACUCGCUGAUUGGCUGCACGUCACUUCCUCACACACAGGACACUCUGGACACUCAGUCCACCUCUGUUGUAGCAGACGACAGCGCCUCUAUCCUGAUGGAUGACACCAGCAGCCAAUGGUCUUCAGCGGCUGACACUGAGGAGGAGCGGAGGAGCGCCUUGGAAAAAAGCUUAUAUGUACUGAAGGAGCUUAUUGAGACGGAGAAGCAUUAUGUAGCAGACCUGGGCCUCAUUGUAGAGGGCUACAUGGCCACUAUGAACUCUAAAGGUAUACCGGAGGACAUGAAGGGAAAAGACAAGAUUGUUUUUGGGAACAUUUACCAAAUAUUUGACUGGCAUAAAGACUACUUCUUGGGAGAGCUGGAGAAGUGUUUGGCAGAGCCAGAGAGACUGGGUCAGCUCUUCAUUAAACACGAGCGGCGUCUGCAUAUGUAUGUGGUGUACUGUCAGAACAAACCCAAGUCGGAGCACAUUGUCUCAGAGUACAUUGAAACCUACUUUGAGUGGGUGUGUGUGUCACGUCUGACGCACGCGAACGUGCGGGACUCUACUUUCUUGGAAGACACGAGUAGGACGGAAGACUUUGAUCGUCACUUAGAGUGCAGCACGCAGGCGCGGGAAGCAGCAAGCAUCCAGGUCGUCUCCAAGAAGUCCACGUUCAGUCUGCACACAACAGCAAGUGGACACUUCAAGCAGGACUUUUGGGCUCUUUGA